AUGGAGAUCCGUGCUGGGCGCAAGUCCAGCCAUUGGAUUUGGUACGUUUGGCCCAGCCUGGUGGGAGUCCGAAAGACUUCGCGACCACAGUACUCCUUGCGUGAUCUGAAAGAUGUCGAGAGCUUCCUGCGCGAUCGCACGCUGCGACAGCGUUUGAUGGAGAUCAGCGAGGUGGCGCAUGGGCAUCUCUCAAAUGGCGUCAAAGCGGAGGCGCUCUUCGGUGCACGUGUCGAUGUGGAGAAAUUUCGGGAGUGCUGCACUUGCUUUGCCCUGGUGGCCCUCUCCACCGGCGACCGGCCGCUGGCUGAGCUGAUGAUGCAGUGCUUGGCGUCGCUGGGAGGGGCGCUGGAUAGCACCACGGUGGAACAUUUGAGCAAGGAGCUGAAGGACUUUGCCGAGGUGAAGUCUGUCGAUGAUCUUCAUCCCCUGGCGGCCCUGGCAUCUGAAGCGCCUGAAGUUGCGGUGCCACCAGAGACGGGACAGACCGACAGGGGUGCCGACGACUCCAUGGCGUAA